AUGGGUAUUCAAGGUCUUCUACCGCAGUUGAAGGAUAUUCAAAAUCCGGUGACAUUGAGAAGAUAUGAAGGUCAAACACUAGGUAUUGAUGGUUAUGCCUGGUUACAUAGAGCUGCUUGCUCCUGUGCAUAUGAAUUGGCAGUAAGUAAGCCUACUGAGAAAUACUUACGAUUUUUUAUCAAGAAGUUAGCCAUGUUAAGAUCUUUCAAGAUUCAACCAUACUUGGUGUUUGAUGGAGAUGGAAUUGGUGUUAAGAAAGAAACUGAGAGUAAACGUCGAGAAAAGCGUGAAGAGAGUAGAGCAGUUGCUAAAAGGUUAUGGGAAUCCGGCGAAAGAAGGAAUGCAAUGGAAUACUUCCAAAAAUGUGCCGAUGUGACUCCAGAGAUGGCAAAAUGUGUUAUCGAUUAUUGUAAGGCGCAAAAUAUACCAUACGUGGUGGCCCCUUUUGAAGCUGAUGCUCAAAUGGUUUAUUUAGAGAAAAAUGGGUUCAUUCAAGGUAUUCUUUCCGAGGAUUCGGAUUUACUGAUAUUUGGUUGUCGACGUUUAAUAACUAAAUUGAAUGAUUUUGGCGAGUGUAUUGAGAUAUGUCGAGACGACUUUUGUAAAUUACCAUACAAAUUCGCAUUGAAUAAGUUGACUCCUCAGGAGAUUCGUACCAUGGUUUGCCUUGCUGGUUGUGAUUAUACCAGUGGGAUACCUAAGGUUGGGCUCGUUACCGCUAUGAAAUUGGUUCAACGGUUUAGAACCCUGGAACGUAUAUUGUUGCAUGUUCAAAGAGAGGGUAAGCUGAAAGUUCCACCUGAAUUUAUUUCAGAAUAUGAAUUAGCCAAUUUUGCAUUUCAAUAUCAAAGGGUGUUUUGCCCGGUAAAACGUAAGAUCGUCACGUUAAAUGAAAUUCCUCAGGACCUGUUAGAAUGUGAAAAAUUGUACCAAUGUAUUGGUAAUGUGAUACAUAGAGAGACUGAAGUGAAGCAAUGUGUGGUUAAUGAUCAUGAAAUUCAUCACGAGAAGCAUACUUUAGUCGCCAUGGGAGAACUGAAUCCUUACAAUUUUCACAACAGGCUUGUUAAUAGAGAACACAGAUUACAGCUUUCUUCCAAGUCGGAAGGGCCCAUUGUGAACACUUCCGCCAGCAAUGUUCCAACAGCGUCUUCGAUUGACUCGUUUUUUCAAAAAUUGGGGGCACCAACCACUCAAAAGAGAUCGCAACCAAUGGUACCUCGUAGAGAUGUUGAGAGUAAAUUAGAUGUGGCAAUUAAACGUAGAAAAUUGUCGGUGACCAGAGGUGACACUAUCGAAGAUUCAGGUACAAGUAAAUUCUUUACCUCUCGUAAUAAUUUAACAACCCCAACAACACCCCCCAUAGUUUCGGAACAACAAACCGAAGAGAAUGAUAGUGAAUUGGACACAGAAAUUCCUGAGUCUGAGGCAUUUACUCAAGUACCAAGUUCAUUCGUGCCACCUGGCACCGCGAAUAGUAGUGUGUCUACACAAGAGGACGAUAGCGAUUCUUUGAGUGAAUUGGAGGAGGGGAAUAGAAAAGCCAAGGUUAUCACUACCCAAGCUGAACUUCGCCCCAAUACCCGCGUUACUACUGGAUCUUAUAAUGCUUUGCAGAAGUUCAGGUAUUCAUCAAGUCAGGAAAGUGAUCGUGAGACUUUUACCCGCAAACCACUUACUUCAAAAGAUGUCAACGGCAUUCAAAAAAGUGAAUCAACUCAUAAAAGAGCAAAUAUUUUGGUGAAACCAACGAUUGAACGUACAGAUACAGCGGUUGCAAGACCAGCGGUAAGAUCAAUUUCUUCCUUGUCACGAUUUGCGUACAAGGGUUAG